AUGGAAGAGGAAUAUCUCAAAAGAGCCACCGUCUCGCCCCACUGGCUUGACGGCGGGAAUUCAUUCUGGUACCGCCGUCACCUGUCCGCUGGAAAGUCCGAGUUCACACUCGUGGACUGCGUGAACCAGACCCGCGGACCCGCUUUCAACCACGAGGCUCUGGCUGACGCGUUGAGAAGCCGAUCCGAAUCAGCAGAGCUUGGACAGGACAUAGGCCCGAACUCGUUGCCCUUCACCUGGAUCGAAUUUUCUCCAGACGGCUCUUCGAUAGGAUUCGUCUGGAACAAAAGGAAAUGGGGGUUCAGCUUGGACAAAGGGCUUAUAGAACGGGACGGCAACUUUGUUCAGGCCAGAGACCAGCUUCUCACCAAAGAGCGCCCUUCUCGCCCAGGGAGCCAGGCGACAACUGUCACAUUCGCCAAUCAUACCGAUGGCCCUCUGUCCCUCUUUUGGAUCGACUUCGACAGCAAAGCAAAGCUCUAUGAAAAGAUCAGUCAGGGCAAGACACGUGAACAACGGACAUAUGCAGGCCACGUCUGGAAACUGGUCAACGAGGAAACAAAGCAGACCAAGGCUAUCUACGUCGCUCCCGACGAAAGCGAGGACUACAUCGUCAUCGAUGAGAGUACCAUGACGGAGGAGAAAGCCAAAGACGGUGACGGUGACGAUGACGAUGAUACUGGUGCUAUCGAAUCUAAAGGACAGGAUGUGAACAGGGAGCGAGUGGAUCCUAUGACCCAUAACAUCUCGGUGGCAGGAAACAAUGUCUGGCUCACAGACGACGAAGGCCAUCGGACCAAGCUAUCAUCUGACGGAACCAUGACCAACCCAUACGACGGCGACAAGGUGUUUGCAUCCCCAGAUAAGAAAUUCGUCGUCGUAUGGCAAUACACACCGGAAGAGUACCACGUCCUGCAUCUCCGAGAGUCAGCGCCCGAGGACCAGCUUGAGCCAAAUUUGCGGACAGUGCCGUACUUGAAACCAGGCGAUCGUGUGAGAGUUGACCGCCCCCGGCUGUUCGAUCUGGAUUCGAGGUGCGAGGUGCCCACGAGCGACCUCUUGUUCGACAACCCGUAUAAGAUCAAGGACGUGGGCUGGGACGAAGGCAGCUCCGAGUACCGCUUCAUCUUCAACGAACGCGGCCACCAGAAGCUCCGCCUGAUAGGCAUGAAAACGACUGGCGAGGUCAGAACCCUGAUCGAGGAGAGCAGCGAGACCUUCGUCGACUACUCCAGCAAGCUGUACCACCGCCUAGUUGACGGCACGGAUAGCAUGCUCUGGUUCAGCGAGCGGGAUGGGUUCAACCACAUAUAUUUCUUCGACCUCAAGAGCGGCCAGCUGAGGAACCAAGUCACGAAAGGGCAGUGGAACGUUCAUUCUGUCACCCACGUUGACGAGGAGAAACGGCAGAUCUGGUUUCAAGGAUAUGGCAUGGUCGCUGGACAGGACCCCUACCAUGCGCACUUGGCUCGCGUUGACUUUGACGGGAAGGACUUCAGGGUUCUGACCAAAGGCGACGGGGAUCACCAAUGGACGCUGUCCCCGGGGCAUCGCUACUUCACCGACACGUGGUCACGGGUUGAUCUGCCGCCUCGGUGUGUUUUGAGAGAUUUGGAGACGGGAGAUGAGAUCCAGGAGUUGGAAGGGGGAGCAGACGACAUCGAGCUCCUCCUUGCCAAAAGGUGGGUGGCUCCAGAAAGAUUCACAGCGCCCGGGAGGGACAGCGAGACAGCAAUCUACGGGCUCAUCAUCCGCCCGUCGGGUUUUGACGCAUCAAAAAGGUACCCGAUUAUUGAAGAUAUCUACGCUGGUCCCCAUGGUUUUCACACGCCAAAGAAAUUCUCUACCCUAUCCAAACAGCGCAAGUGGGCGGACCAGGGCUACGUGGUGGUCAUGCUAGACGGGAUGGGGACCAACUGGCGGUCAAAAAGGUUCCACGACGUGUGCCACAAGAACCUCAAGGACGCCGGGCUUCCAGACCGCAUCGCAUGGAUCACGGCGGCCGCCGGGACGCGCCCGUGGAUGGACAGAUCCCGGGUCGGCAUCAUGGGGGGCUCGGCCGGGGGCCAGAGCGCCGUGGCCGCGCUGAUCCACCACGGCGGGUUCUACAAGGCCGCCGUUGCCGACUCGGGGUGCCACGACAACCGGAUGGACAAGAUAUGGUGGAACGAGCAGUGGAUGGGCUACCCGGUGGACGAGUCCUCGUAG